AAAGCAAAACAACAAAGAAACGUCACAUUACAAAGACUUAAAGUGUGGAGCAUUGUUUAUUGUACAUAAUUGAAAAUAUCAUUAUUUUUGUGCCGUUUUAUGUAAAUUUUCGAUUGUUUGUAAUAUUGAAUUAGAAACACAAUGCCUGAAUAUGCGAUUGGUGGUAUUCCGAUUUUGUUUCCGUUCGAACCGUAUGAUGUUCAACGACGAUAUAUGGAAAAAGUGAUUGAAUGUUUGGAUCGAAGUGCCAAUUCUGUGCUCGAAUCACCGACCGGUACUGGAAAGACUCUCAGUCUUUUGUGUUCGACGUUGGGAUGGGUGUUGGAAAAAAAGCGACAAGUUCAGGUAACCAUGGAUGAACAGCUAAAUAAAGUUGCCGCUUUCAAUAUGGAGCAUGGUAUCAAUACAGCCUCGUUGCCCCAACGACGUCAGUACAUCGAUCAAUUUGUUGAUUCGCUAAACGCUGCCGGCAAUUCACAAACAAAUGCAAUGUUGGGAGUUCCGCGAGUUAUUUACGCUUCUCGUACCCAUUCGCAAAUUUCACAAGCAAUGCAAGAACUUAAGCGAACCGGCUACAAUCAUAUGAAAGCCGCAGUGAUUGGAUCGCGUGAUCAACUGUGCAUUCAUCCAGAUUUGGCCAAAGAGUCAAAUGCCAACAAGAUACAAUUGUGCAAAAUAAAAGUGACAAAUCGUAGCUGUCACUUUCACAAUCGUCUCGACACCCAAAAAGAUAAUCCAGAAUUUCGUGAAAAUCGUGUGCUGGACAUCGAAGAACUGGUCCGCAUCGGCAAGAAGCUCAAAUGUUGCCCGUAUUAUGCAUCAAAGGAGUUUGUUGACGAUGCUGAAAUCAUUUUCAUGCCGUAUAACUAUUUACUCGAUCCGAAAAUGCGCAAAGCCAACAAAAUUGAUCUACAAAACACAAUAAUUAUUCUUGACGAAGCUCACAACGUGGAGAAAAUGUGCGAAGAAUCGGCGUCAGCGGUUAUUACAUCAACACAAAUCGCAUUGGCCAUUGAAGAUGUGUCACAUAUUCUCAACAAAAUGGUGAACAACGAUGGUUCGUUGGCACAAAUUGGAAGUGGAAUGGAAGAAAAUGCGCCAGAUUUCACAGUUGAUGAUUUAACAUUGUUGAAGGAGAUUUUCUUGAAUCUGGAAAAGACCGUUGAUGAAAUAAAGCUACCGAAUGCACUGAAUGGAGAGACAUUCACCGGUGGCUAUAUUUUUUCACUACUAGAAAAAGCAAACAUUACUCAAGCAAAUGUUGAGGUGAUUAUAAAACUGUUGGACACUUUGAUAAUAUAUCUUACCACCGAUUCCGAGGCCAGUGGUUCCGUAUUUCGACGUGGUGCUGGCUUGCAAUAUGCGUAUGAAUUCCUUCAAAUUGCAUUUUCAAGUUCCGCAGAGGAUUUGCGAAAACGCAUGGACCGAUGCUAUAAGGUUUAUAUUGAGUUUGAGCCACAGAAGCAGACACGUGGCACAAAAACAAGCGAAGGAGGUUGGAUGCAGACAAAAGCAGCAAUUACAUCGAAACCAGUUGCGAAGAUUGUCAGUUUUUGGUGUUUCAGUCCAGGAUUCGGAAUGCAACAUCUGUUGGGACGAAAUGUGCGGAGCAUCAUUUUGACGAGCGGAACGCUGGCACCAUUGAAACCGUUGAUUAGUGAAUUGGAUAUUCCGAUAUCGGUUCAACUGGAAAAUCCACAUAUUAUCAAAAGCGAUCAAGUGUGUGUGAAGAUAAUUGGUCAAGGUUCGGAUAAAACGGUGCUCAAUUCAAAUUAUCAAAAUCGCGAUAACAUGGACUACAUUCUGUCAUUGGGCAGAACAAUUGCCUCCCUCUGCCCGGUUAUACCUGGUGGUUUGUUGGUAUUUUUUCCUUCAUAUUUUGUGAUGAACAAAUGCAAAACGGUGUGGCAAGAGCAAGGAGUUUGGUCGUCGAUCGAUCAAAAGAAGCAGGUCUUUGUGGAACCGCAAACAAAAGAAGCAUUUGUCACUACGAUGACGGAUUACUAUGCAAAAAUCAAUGCACCAAACAGCAAGGGUGCCAUUUUUAUGGCUGUGUGUCGUGGAAAGGUAUCCGAAGGUUUGGAUUUUGCUGAUAUGUUUGGACGCGCCGUGAUAAUCACCGGGCUUCCUUAUCCACCGUUCAAAGAUCCAAAAGUAAUCUUGAAAAAGAAAUACCUGAACGAAAAUCGAACACGAGAAAAUGAACUGUUAUCAGGCGAUGACUGGUAUUUCUUAGAAGCGAGCCGAGCGGUGAAUCAAGCUAUCGGUCGAGUAAUUCGGCAUAAAAAUGAUUAUGGAGCAAUUCUAUUGUGUGACACCCGUUUUCAUAAUCCACGGCAAAAGGGACAGUUGUCACGAUGGAUUCAAGGCCAUUUAAAUAAUCAGAAUUCUAAUCAGCCAUUUGGCCAAAUGAUUGGAGAGCUAGCACGGUUCUUUAGAAACGCAGAGAAAACGCUACCUCAACCCGGCUUAAAGCCACUGUUGCCCGAAGAGAUGCCCAACGAGUCAAAAGGCAGUGCAAUUAGCACAGCAACAUCUGGACCCAAAUAUAAAAUGUCAACCGAAACACAUCAGAAAGUCAGAGAAGCUGAUAAAAGUUGGAAUAAUGUGCCAAAAGCCAACGAAGCAUUCUGCUUAGAUAUGUACAAACAUUCAGCCGCACCCUCGAUGGCAAAUAAAAGUGUGGAUCUUUUCAGCGGUUUGAAUCAAACAGUAAAAAGCAUCAACUUCAACAAUGUCUCUGCUGACAAUUCUCCUCAAGUGACAAUUCACAAACGUAAUCGAAACGGAGGUGAAAAUAUUAGUCCAAUCAAUGUAUUUGAAUCGUCGCCAAACACUUCGCCCGACAGUGAAGUGCCGAAGAAAAAGAAAUACAAAAUGGUACCAAACAGUUUCACGUCACCACCACCGAGCCAAUCCGUUUUACAAACAACUGCAAGCAAAAUUUUCAAUUCAAUGACAACAAAUCCAGCAGGCGAUCACAAAAUGAAUUCCACUUCAACUAUGUCUAGUUCAUCGUCAAAGAUACCAGCCACGGCAGUCAAAUCGGAAACCACUACGGAAGCCAAUGAAUUGCCGAAAGAUCGAAAGGAUCUAUUGAAAUUCAUCAAAAACACUAUUAGCAACGAAAAGUACAAAAUUUUUCUACAAACAUUCAUUGAGUACAACAACAAAAGUGACUAUAAAUCGUAUCGUGACAAUUUGCUUUCGAUAUUUUGUGAAAAACAGUGGUUUUUCAUACUGCGUGGAAUGAUACGAUUCACACGUUCAGCACAUCGACAAGAUUUUCAAAAAGACGUCGAAGAUUUCAUACGAAACAUUUCAUAAAAUGUCAUUAAAAAUACAUGAACGCUACCAUGAACACUUUUUUCAUACACAUGUCACUGCGUGGCCACUUCGAUUAAAUAGAAUGUUAACAUUUUAAUAUUUUUUUUACAAAUAUAAUUUGGUCAAAUGUUGUCAAAACUAA